AGUUAAUUUAAGUAAAUUUUUCUUACCUUCGGUUUUUGUUUUUUCGUCAUAUAUACACUUUAAACUGUUUUAUCGAUUUAAACAGACAUUAUCAAAAUCUUAGAUUUGAUGCUGAAAUAGCAUCUCCUUGUGGGGUCAACACCUUAGCGAUUUGUUACUUUAUCUGUUUAUCACGACCACGAGUACGUGGACUCGGUGCUGUGUUCCAGAUCAAGUAUCCUGACUUCCCAUAAACGGAUAAACAUCUGGCACAGUCACGCAGACGUUUAAAUGGCGGGGCGCAAACAACAUCCUCGUAUUACUUUCUCAAAUUCUCCGGAACAGGGCGAAAUCGAUGAUGAUGAUGUUGCUCGACGAGAAAUGGAUGCUUCUUUGAACCUGAAUCGCGUGGAAGCUUUACGGAUAACUGGUUCGAGAUCACGCGAGCAUUCUCAGUCCAAUAUGGACCACGAUAAAUACCGUCGCGGUUCUUCUGAUUCCCGAAGAGCUCGUGACACUGAGCACAAGGAAAAGUCGAACCGUCCACGUACACCUGAUCGAGUUGAUCGAGCUGAACGCGAUCGGCCCAGGGAAAAGCAUCCGCGGAUCAUGCCACCAAUUGAGUCGCGAAAGCCACAAAAGGAUGUCCCCGAGGCGACGGGGGCCGUGAAUGAAGAACAGUCCAAGAAGCGACGUCAUAAUUCACCACCGCGAGAAGAGCGCACCAAAGAGCGCAAGCGUGAUGACGACUCCAGAGGCCACGAACGGGUUUCUCACGCUCCUCCUAAGCAAGACCACGAUCAUCGUCACGGGAGACAUCCCGGCGGCGAAAGGAGUGGGGAGGACAGGCGCAGAGAACCAGAACAGGAUGGUAAAAAAACAGUGAGUCGAGAGCUGGAACAAGCCCGAGCGGAACGAAAAAGUCACAGUGGUCAGCGAGAGAUUGACGCUCAAGCCCGAGAACGCUCUAAGGAAGCCGAGCAGCGUCGGGGCAGCUUGACGGUCCAGCCAGUCCGACAAAGUCCAAAACGACCGAAACAGGAGGAAAUUGCUCCAAGUCCUCCGAAGGAUAGCCCGGUGAGUGGUUCACACAGUGAACACAGCGACGAUUCCAUCUCGUCCAGCGAAACCGGUUCGCCGGAGUCAGAUCAUGCGCCGUCUCCGGUGUAUGGGCCAGUGCGUUCACGAUUUGCCAGCGAAGGAGAACCGGACACAAUGGGCCUGGCCGAACCGCCACCACCAUCCAGCCCCGAAGAUAUUUCACCUGAGGAAGACGAUACUCCAACUCCAGAUGGUUCCGGCUUGCCAUCAUAUUUUCCAGCAAUACAGGGAUGUCGGAGCGUUGAUGAAUUCGAAUGUAUUAAUCGGGUGGAAGAAGGCACAUACGGUGUGGUUUACCGAGCUCGUGAUAAGCGCACGAAUGAAGUAGUUGCACUAAAACGUUUGAAGAUGGAGAAAGAAAAGGAAGGCUUUCCCAUUACGAGUCUGCGAGAAGUGAGCACUCUGCUUAAAGCCCACCAUAAGAAUGUUGUUGCCAUCCGGGAAGUGGUGGUUGGACAUAACAUGGAUAAGAUCUACAUGGUGAUGGAAUUUGUUGAGCAUGAUCUGAAAUCCCUGAUGCAGCGGAUGUCUAGUCCGUUUUUAAUUGGUGAAGUAAAGACGCUGAUGAAGCAGCUGCUCAAUGCGGUACAUCAUCUGCAUGAUAACUGGAUUAUCCAUCGCGAUUUAAAGACUUCAAAUCUCCUGCUCAGUCAUAAAGGGAUUUUGAAAGUGGGGGAUUUCGGAUUGGCACGCGAAUAUGGAUCCCCACUCAAACCCUAUACACCGGUUGUCGUGACGUUAUGGUAUCGAUCCCCGGAGUUGCUGCUGGGAUGUAAGGAAUACAGCACGGCCGUGGAUAUGUGGUCUGUUGGUUGCAUUUUUGCUGAAUUUCUCACUUUGAAACCGCUGUUCCCCGGGAAAUCGGAAAGCGAGCAACUCAAUAAAAUUUUUAAAGAUCUUGGAAGCCCUAGCGAAGCCAAUUGGCCCGAAUAUCCGGAACUGCCCGUUGUAAAACAGGCUGUCUUUCCAAAUUACCCGACAAACACAAUGAGAAAACGAUUCCCAGCGACAGUAUUAACAAACAGUGGAUAUGACCUGCUCAUGCAUUUGUUGGAAUACAACCCCGCUAAACGUUAUAGUGCGGACACGGCGCUCAAACAUGUGCAUUUUACGGAUUCUCCUAAGCCGGUGCCGCCGGAUAUGUUUCCCACAUGGCCUGCAAAAAGUGAACAGGGACCACGAGGUCCUCAGGAAAACACACCGAAACCACCUAGCGGCGGCAAACAGUUCAAGGAAACGGUGGAUGCUGACAAUGUAGAUGGUUUUCAGUUUGGAUCUAAUAAGCAGUCGGGUCGUCGAAAUGGCGGAGGGUUCGAAUUAAAGCUGCAUUGAUUUAUCGCAUUUUUUUACUAGACGUGUCUUCGAUAAUGAUGACGUUUUCUCAAUAAAGCGUGCUGCUUGAGCAUAAUGUAACUUGACAGGGGAAAAAUGUUUACAGUGGUUAUUGUUUGUGCAGUUGUGCUUACUUUAUACAAAAUUAUGUAUUUGUUUAAAUGCCAAAAAUAUGUCUUUAAAAACUGCAAGAACCCUAAAAGUAAAAGACUAGAAUUUUG